AUGCAUGAAGACUCGUCCUCGACAGACGAACCGCAAUCUCCUCUGGGCAUUCUGCAGCUCUUGCGGAAUGUCCAGCGGAGGCUAGCAUUGCAUGAUGAAGACCACAGUCCUCGGGUCAGCCUCUACAUCGAGGCUGCGAUUCGAAACUGCCUCAUGACCCAGCACCACAAUCACAGAACACUUAAGCCGCCAACAACGUACCAACCAUCUCGACAAGCAUCUAGUACAUCCAGCACAUCCUCGUCGUCGACCAACAGCUUCAACAAGAGCAUCGGUCCCCCUCGCAGCAACACUCUCGAUCGUCCGAAGACGUCCCGCAACAACAAUGCCCGCCCCAUUCACACCCGAUCCAAGAGCCAGGCCGCCACAAGACCCCGCACCGCACAUGGGCUAUAUGAGGAGGAAAGGCAUGAGCCACCCUCCAAGACUCAGACUUUCGAUGUGGAUGGCCGAGUAGGCGACAUGGAGAAUCAGUUCAAGGAGCUAAAGGACAUGGUCAAUAACACCCUCAGCGAGAGAAAAGGCCAUGUUGACGCCCUUGAACUGGCCAAAGGCAGAGUAACCGAACUUGAACGUGAAAGAGACAGGCUUGAAAGCCGAAACGAGCGUCUUAGAACCGAAGUUGAUGGAGCCAAGGAUGACCUUCGCCAUCUCCAUCACGAAUUAGAGAGACAAAAAUGGGAAUCAAAUCGCCAGAUUGAGGACCUAAACCGCCAACACCGAGAAACCGUCGAGGAUCUCUCCCGCCAACAUCGCAGUGCCGUCGACGAUCUGAGCAAAGAGCUUGAUUAUCUCAAAGACCAGGAAUCCAAGGAGCACCAACAACGAAUAGAAGGACUUACACGCCACUACCAACAGGAGCUCGAUGAUGAGCGCCAAAAGAAGGAGCGCGAGAUUAAAGAUCUGCGGCUACGAUUGGGUAAUGAGCAUGACGACAUGAAUAGCGCCAUGCAGCGCAAAGACAGAGAGAUGCAAGAAAUGCGUUCUGCAAUGGAGGGUUUACGAUCUGAUCUAGAGCGUGAGAGGGCUCUCAAGAGCAGCUUGCAGACGAACAUCGCAGAGUUGUCCGCAUCAAAUACAACUCUGGAGGCCAAGAUCAACUCACUUCGCUCGCAAGUCGAGUUUCUCGAGUCAGACAGCAAGGCACAGUCUGAUUCAUUCGCCAAUAUGGAGGCUCGCCUUCAAGAUGCCAUGCGCAUUGCCGAGGAAGCUCGACAGAAACUCAUCAAGGAAGAGACGGAGAGACGUGUGCUUUUCAACAAGUAUCAAGAGCUCAAGGGAAACAUCCGAGUCAUGUGCAGAGUUCGACCUAUUCUGCAUCAGUCAGAAGGAGAACAGGCCGGCAUGUCCUUCCCUGAUGAAAAGACUUCUGCUGAAAUCGUUCUGGCCGGGCCAGAGGAGAAGAGCAGCCUCGGGCACAUUACUCGAAAGAACUAUCCCUUUGAGUUUGACCGUGUAUUCGUCCCCGGCACGCAGAACGAAGAGGUCUUUGGAGAAAUUUCCCAGCUUGUGCAGAGCGCCUUGGACGGGUACAAUGUAUGUAUCUUCUGUUACGGUCAGACCGGAUCAGGAAAGACACACACCAUGUCAUCAAGCGAUGGCAUGAUUCCCAAAGCCACGCACAUGAUUUACGACACCAUCACCAAACUCAGGGAGAAAUCGUGGGAGUACAGCAUGGAGGGCUCAUUCGUGGAGGUUUACAACGAAGAGCUGAACGAUCUUCUCACUCCAAACGAUCACCAUCAUAAGUCCAAGAAGCUGGAAAUCCGACACGAUGAUGCCCGCAAGCAGACAACCAUCCUCAACUGCAAGACGGUGCCUCUGGAUUCUGCAUCCAGUGUCGAGACGAUGCUCCAGGAAGCGCAAAAGAAUCGAUCGGUGGCAGCCACCAAGGCCAAUGAGCGAUCAUCACGGUCUCAUAGCAUAUUCAUUCUGAAGCUCAUUGGCGAGAACUAUGCCACCGGCGAGCGCUGCGAAGGUACCCUGAACCUGGUUGAUUUGGCCGGUUCAGAGCGAUUGAAGCACUCACAAGCCGAGGGUGAUCGAAAGAGAGAGACUCAGAACAUCAACAAGAGUUUGAGCUGUCUAGGCGAUGUCAUCGAAGCCCUUGGCAAAGGGUCCGGGCAUAUCCCUUACCGGAACUCCAAGUUGACGCAUCUUCUGCAAUACAGUCUAGGAGGGAACAGCAAGACGCUCAUGUUCGUAAUGGUCUCCCCUCUGGAGACUCAUUUGAAGGAAACCUUAACCAGUUUAAGGUUCGCAACAAAGGUCCACAAUACCCAUAUUGGUACCGCAAAAGCAACAAAAAAGAUAAAGGCCAGCGACUACUAG